AUGUCUCAGCGCAAGGCCACGGCCGCAGAGAUCUCGCUGGUCCAUCUCAAGAACUGCUUGGUCAACCUUCCGGCUUCCCUGGUCUCACUACUGGUGACUGUGAACACUCCCGUACAGAAUGUCAUCGUUGAGCUCAGCUACCGAGAUGCGUCCCCUGCCGACAAGUCCCCCGCCCCUUCGGCCCAGAAGUCCGUCUACCUCGGCUGGACUGGCAUGCCCAGCAAGAAGAAGAUAGCUUCGAUAGUCGGAAGAGAUGGGCUGGGUGGCUCGGGCUUGCGGGAGCAGGAUGUUCCCCUCGUCGAACUUGAUCCGACUCUGGCGAACACCCUGGGGCUGCACGAAGGCCAGAAGGUCAUGACGACCAUCCAUACGGACCCUCCACUGGCGCAUACAGUAAAUAUCGAGCCCCUGACCGCCGAUGACUGGGAGAUCAUCGAGCUGCAUGCCACAUUUCUGGAGCUCAACCUCCUGUCUCAGAUUCGGGCUCUGCCGAAUCCCGCCUAUACUCCGCCGUCCGGAAUCAAGUCAAGCCCGCAUCCGUUGACACUUCAUCUGUCGCCUACUUCAACGGCUAAUAUAAAAAUACUGUCUCUCGAGCCAGCCCAGUCCGCGCAGACCGCGUUUGCCAAGAUUGCGCCUGACGCCGAGGUCAUUGUCGCGCCCAAAGUCAGGCCAAAACCCUCGCGGAGCAGCAGGGAAAAUCGCAGUGUAGCGAGCACAUCCAGAAAGAGCGGAAGGAGCUCAACCAGCACAGUGAGACGGAGAAGUCAGCGUGAGGAGCGCAAGCCUGCCCUGUUCCUGCGGGGUGUUGACAGGAAGCUCUGUGACGACUGGUUCGACGAUGAGACUGGAGUCGAGGAACUGAGUAUCUGGGUCGACCGCGAACUCCUGGUCUCCAACGAGUUCAGAGGAUUGAAGUGGGUCACUGUGCAUCUGAUGAGACCAUCUACUCUUCAAGAGCCAGCCCCUAUGCAAGGACAGCAACCCCAAGCGCAGGAAGCACCCGAGCUCUCAAGAUCUGGCCUCAGGGUCGUUGCGCAGCUUUUGCCCUGGGAUGAUCCUCCGAAUGGGCAAACAGCAGCACUAUCAACAAUACUGUGCUCUGCCUUCGGGAGUGAAGGCUUGGUCGGCGGUGUUGUCAAGGUCGAACCCGCUGCCCAACCUCUCACGAAAAAGUCCAUUUUGAAGUCCGUUGUCGAGGUCGAAGACCGACCUUCAGUGCAGCAGCUCAAGGUGUAUCCGUUCACUAGCGACUCUGCAGCGCAAGCUCUUGGUCUGAAGUUUGGCGGAGAGACCAAAGCUGAGCGUGAAGAAGCCGCCAAAAGGGUAAAGCACAUCUAUGAUGGAAAAUAUGGAAAAAGCUUGUUUGAUGGGCCUUUAACAGACGGGUUGGUAUUGAGUACUUAUGAUGGGCUGGACCCUCCACCUGGCUGGGAGGGAGCAAUCGUCAAGUUCCACCCCCCGCCCGCUUCUCAAGGCUCUGGAAAGGAACCAGCCCACUGGAUACUGGGUUCUGACUGGCAACUUCCCCUCGAAUUUCAAGCUCCUAUUCCUCGGCCAACAUGGCUUUCAGAAUCCGAAUCAACCAUUGUGCCACCAGAUGUUGGUCCUCUGGUCGGCAUCGACUCGCUGCUCGAGGAGCUCAAAUCUCACCUUUCCCAUUCAUCUUCAGUUCUCCUCACCGGCGCUUUGGGCUCCGGUAAAUCUUCUGUUGCGCAGUCGGUCUCAAAGUUCCUAAAGGAAGACCAGCUCUUUCACACCACAUAUUUCACGUGCCGGACGCUCGUGAACGAUGAAAGCAGGAUUAGUACCAUCAAGGAGACCUUGAACCGUGUUUUCAUGGGGGCAAGCUGGGGAGCCCGACUUGGAGGCAAAGCGCUGGUGAUACUGGACGAUCUAGACCGUCUUUGCCCGGUUGAGACCGAAUUGCAAGUUGGCAAUGAGAAUGGCCGCAGUCGCCAAGUGAGCGAGGCAAUUUGCUCCAUGGUUCGCCAAUAUUGUGGUCAAGACUCCAACAUAGUCCUUCUGGCUACUGCACAAGGGAAGGAAUCUCUGCAUAACGUGCUUGUCGGGGGACACGUGGUCCGAGAGAUUGUCCCGCUGAGAGCCCCAGACAAACUUGCACGACGAACUAUCAUGGAGGCAAUCACCCUGCAACACGCAGUGCAAGCGAAGGACGAUAAUGCUUCGACUCACGACGGCAGCCGCCCUCCAACGGCUAAUGGCAGUGCUACUGGUGAAGAGAAUGCUUGGAUGGAUGGGGCAAGCCCACCGUCUAGGCCUGAUUCGGUCCCAUCCCCUAGUGGAUUCUCCAUUCAGCCGGACCUGGAUCUGCUUGAUAUUGCAGGAGAGACAGACGGUUAUAUGCCCGGUGACCUGAACCUGCUCAUCUCACGGGCUCGAAACGAGGCCAUCAUGCGGUCACUUACCGACACCACAGGCGAUGCUGAGGUCAAUGCCGUCCCUCUUGGUCGGGUUGACUUCGAAAAUGCUCUCAAAGGCUUCACACCGGCGUCCCUGCGCAAUGUGACUCUGCAGAGUUCAACAACCACAUUUGAAUCCAUCGGCGGCCUAACAGACACACGCCAAGUCUUGUUGGAAACACUGCAGUACCCGACGAAGUAUGCACCAAUUUUCGCCCAAUGCCCCCUAAGACUUCGGUCUGGAAUCCUUCUAUACGGCUAUCCAGGAUGUGGCAAGACUCUUCUGGCCAGCGCCGUGGCUGGUGAAUGUGGCCUGAAUUUUAUUAGUGUGAAGGGGCCCGAGAUAUUGAACAAGUACAUUGGCGCAUCAGAGAAAAGCGUCCGGGACCUCUUCGAACGAGCUCAGGCUGCCAAACCUUGCGUCUUGUUCUUUGACGAGUUCGACUCUAUUGCACCUAAGCGUGGCCACGACUCUACCGGCGUAACCGACCGCGUGGUCAACCAGCUUCUAACGCUGAUGGAUGGUGCGGAAGGCCUUUCGGGCGUCUACGUGCUCGCAGCAACCUCACGUCCUGAUCUGAUAGAUCCGGCCCUCUUGCGGCCGGGGCGGUUGGACAAGUCAAUACUCUGUGACUUCCCCAGCCCCGAGGAAAGAGUGGACAUCAUCCGGGCCAUCGGGAAGAAGGCCAAGCUCAGUGAGGCGGUCCUAAAGUCGGACGAGGACCUCGCAGAGAUCGCUAAGCGGACGGACGGCUUUUCUGGCGCGGACCUCCAGGCCUUGAUCUCAAAUGCGCAGCUGGAGGCCAUCCAGGAUGUGCUCAAAGACACCGAGAUCGCAGGCGGUGGAGGCGGCGGCAGCGGCCGACGGCCCGGACAGCGACAUGGCGCAGCCAAGUCGGCUGGGUCACUUCCGCAUAGUUUUGUCCAAUUCCGCUACGGUGAAGAUGGGUCCAGCGAGGAUUCAGCCCCUCGUGGAUCGAACAGGUCCUCUGAGCUCGCCGAGCAGGCUAUGAUCGUGUCGAAACUGGAGAAUCUCAAGGCGUCGAGGAAGAGAGCCAAGCAGCAGAGGAGCGGGCCCAACGCGAACACAGAAUCCGAUGCUGCAACGGUCGGCGCCAAGUCUGGAGGCGAGGCACAGGAGAAGGAGGUCAUCAUUCAGUGGAGGCACCUGGUCAAGGCCCUGGAUGGCACGAGGACGAGUAUAGGCCGCGAGCAGCGCACUUUGCUUCAGAGGAUCUACAGAGAGUUUGUUGUGGGGCGCAGUGGGGAGAUGAGGGAUGGCCAGGGGAGCAUGGAGAUCGGAGGGCGGAGCAGUCUCAUGUAA